AUGACGAGACCUCAACAGGACCACGUCACCACAGCUCUCUCACUCACAAGCCGCCACCACCUCCUCCUCCUUCUUAUGCUCCUUCUCCUCCUCACCACAAAUCCCUUCCACGUAAAUGGUCAAACAGAUCUCCCCUACUAUGACGACUCUCGCUUAUCUCUUCAACAGAUGGAGGACACCUUUAAGGCAACUGAAAGAGCUCUCAAAUUCUUGAUAAGCCACUAUAGGGGCUUGAACUUGGAUGCUGGUUUAGGCGUAAGACUUAUGCAAGCUGUCUACACCCAACUGAUUGGCCUCUAUGGAGUGAAACUGCCAAAGGAGAUGCUUAAAAAAAUGGAACAACUCGUAAGUCUGGCAGACGAAGCAGGAGCGUUGGCAGAGUUGAAUAGCGCCAUCAAAACGCCCUUCUACUAUUCCAAAAACAGCUAUUUGCUCCAGCCCAAGCAAUGGCAAUUUCUUUUACCAACAAGAGGACUAAAAAUACUCCCACCAGUUAGUCUGCAAGAUAUAAUAGAGAAUGAUGCCAUUCAAGAGGAUCAAUGUGACGCCUGCUUUAGAGAGUUCAUACCACGUGACUCACACAGAGGCUGUGAUAUUUCCGACAGAUGUUUCACUUAUAUGAACUGGCAUAACCACUCCUCCUAUAGUCUCACCCAUCAAGUGUUGUACUACUUUAUUGGUCUGGGGGCGCGUUGUGAAAGUCAAAUUUUGGAUAUGAUCAUGCGCCAUCCAACUAUUCACUCAAUUGAGAAUCAACUGUACGAAUUUUGCUCAAAAAUCUAUAGUGAGGCAAGAACCUUCGAGAAAUAUGGCUUUCCCAAAGAGCUACGAGACCUGUUCUUGGAGCAAGUUGGGGUCUGUGGAAUAGCUGGCUUUGAGGAAAUCGCACGUUCCGAUUGGCUAGACAUAAUACUCAAAUGGCAAAGUCCCACUUCGGGUUGCUUCCACCAGUUUAUCGGCGAAAGAAUGAAUCCAGAGAACUUCAACCCUUCGCGUUAUGGCAACUAUCGACGCAGAAAGAGAAGUGAAAUGAUGAUGGAUGGUGGAAAGAGUAUUCAGGAGGUUUGUCUUGCGCAUCGGACGGGUGUGGCUCUAAUUGCUCUAGCGGCUUAUACUCGACGAAUCGUUGAGGAGAAUCUUGAUGUAUGA